ACAUGUUUAUGUCACAUGCAUUUAGCUGCUACCACUUCACAAGUUUUUCACUUCCACUCAUUAUUAUUAUAUCACUUCAGCAGUACUCUAGAAACUUUUCUUUAUCCAUACUUGCUCCUUUCUUUGUCAAGGUAUGUAGAUAUGAUUGCAAAUCCUGAGGUGGCUGAAACAUUUAGGAAAAGAGCAAAGAUUAUAUCAGAGAUACGCAAGACAGUUGAAUCGUCAGGCUUUGUUGAAGUCGAAACACCAGUUCUUCAGGUUGUCAAGACUUUUUGUUCAUCACAGGGAGCCGCUGGUGGGGCUGAAGCUAGGCCAUUCAUUACAUACCAUAAUUCUCUUGGUCAAGAUCUUUAUCUGCGGAUCGCAACUGAGCUCCAUUUGAAGAGAAUGCUGGUUGGAGGCUUUGAGAAAGUAUAUGAGAUAGGCCGGAUAUUCAGAAAUGAAGGCAUUUCCACUCGUCAUAAUCCUGAAUUCACCACCAUAGAGAUGUAUGAAGCAUAUUCUGACUAUGAAAGCAUGAUGAAUAUGACAGAAGAGAUUAUAACACAAUGUGCUCUUGCAGUUAAUGGGAAACUUACCCUUGAUUAUCAGGGUGUGGAGAUCUGCUUAGAAAGACCUUGGAGGAGGGAGACAAUGCACAAUCUUGUGAAAGAAGCAAUUGGGAUUGAAUUCAACAAGUUUGGUGACGAUCUUAAUGCUGCAAAGAAAGUUGUACUAGAGACACCAGAUAUUGUUAAUGAUAAUCAAAACAAAAAUUUGAUCGAGGCUUGCACAUCAGUUGGCCAUGUUCUUAAUGAGGUGUUUGAAAUAGUUGUAGAACCAAAGUUAAUGCAGCCCACCUUUGUUUUGGACUAUCCAAUUGAAAUAUCUCCACUGGCCAAACCCCACAGAAGGCAUUCAGGCUUGACGGAGAGAUUUGAACUCUUCAUAUGUGGCCGCGAGAUGGCUAAUGCUUUCUCUGAAUUGACUGAUCCGUUGGACCAGAGAGAACGGCUCGAAGAACAAGUAAGGCAGCAUAACAAUAAGAAAGCAGCGGCAGUUUCAGAAAUCUCAAGUACAGAAGAUGGGACUGAGAGGGCUGAUGAUUCCUACGACGUGACUCUUGAUGAAGAUUUUUUAACAGCGCUAGAAUACGGAAUGCCUCCUGCAUCGGGAAUGGGGCUUGGCAUUGACAGGCUAGUAAUGCUUCUUACAAACUCAGCCAGUAUACGCGAUGUGAUUGCUUUCCCUGUCCUCAAGACUCUGCAAUAAUCUUAGAAGAAUAUGGCGAUGCCAACCAGCCCAGAUGGAUCCUGUCUUUUGAUUCAAGGACAAGCUGGAGAUGCCUUGGAAUAAAGUUUUGGUUCUUCUGCUGACCUCCUGUUGGCAGCUAAUUCAACUCCGUUUGAAAACUUAUUAGCAGAUUAAGAGUUUCUUUUAAACAUUAUUGUUUGAAUAAACUUUAAGUGAAUACUACUUUUACUUAUAUUUGAUUGUGUAUGACAAAAUAAUAUUAAGUCCUAGUCUGAGCUAUUUUAAUUAUAGAGAGGAAAAUAUGCUUGUUUUAUGCAAGUAGGGGUACACUUCUAUUCCUCUAAAUUUUGAUGAAUAUGGGUUCUAAUU